GCCUCUUUCAGUUCAUGCUUUCCGGUCAGCUGUUAUCAAACUGUAGAUUUCCAGCUUGAAUUAAAUCAACUUUCUCUUCCUAAAAUACCAAAUGUGAGGAUAUUACUGGCCGUAACAAUAGAGGUUUCUGUCGAUAUUUUGUGAGCAGCGGCAUCAGAGGACGACUUCUGUUCGCGUUACUCAACCGCUUGUGUAAGACGUUAGCUAACGCUAAUGUUUGCUACACCAAAGUCAGACCCUGCAGGAGCUUAACAGCAAGCGGCAUCUGUAGCUAGUCCGCCUGUUUGGUGGGUUUAUUGUAUUUCCAGAUGUUUUCCAGAGUGAGAAUAAGUUUGGUCUCGAGUUUGGCCAGGCUACCUGUUUACUGUGCAAAUCCAGGGGCAGCGCUGAGAGGGACACCUGCCCUCUGCAGACAUCAGCAUCGGACCUUCAGCUCUCAGCCUGCUGCUGUUAAGGUGCUGUAUGAUGGACUCUGUCCCAUAUGUGUGACGGAGAUUCGGUUCCUCCAGUUUCUGCAGAGAAAACAGCCUGGGAAAGUGGAUUUUAUUGAUAUCUCCCUGUCAGGCUAUGAUGGAGGGAAAUAUAAAGACAUCAGCUAUGAGAUGGCCAUGGAGGAAAUGCAUGUGAUUGAUGAGAAAGAUGAGGUUCACCGUGGGAUCCCAGCGUUUGCAGUCAUGUACGGUGCUGUGGGCCUCGGUUGGUUGGGUCGCUUCAUGAUGUGGCCACCUGUGAGGCCGCUAAUGGACAAAUCUUAUGCCAUCUUUGCCAGGAAUCGCCUAAAGUGGACCGGACGUGGGGAGGAGUGCACCACAGGACGCUGUGAAAAGAAAACACAUUAACCCCUGACCACAAAAAAACAAACUAUGUUUAAUGAGUUAAUUGACUGCGGAGAAGAACUGGAUAACUUACACAUGGUUAGUCUUGUUUAGCCAUUGUUUUUUCAAGACUGUUGUAUUGCUGAAGGCAAAUACUGGCUAAUAAAAAUGAAAGAGCCUU